AUUGAUAAUAGUUGCAUUUGUGAAAAACGAAUACAUACGCAAAAGUCCGCUCAAAAUAGAAAAAGAAAACGGCAGAAUCGGUAGAAUGAAGCCGCUACCAAUCACAGACGUUCCGCAGUUUUGCAAUUUCCGCCAUUCCGCAUGUGAGCGCACCUCUACGUAAGUACGCGGGGUCUAUGUAAAUCAUAUUCUAUGCCGAAGCCAGUCAUAUAUGUUCUGUGAUUGGCUACUGGCCACACUCGUCUGCUACUCUACUCCUACUGCUAACUGCACUCGCGCGCUGCCUGUCACGCAUGUGCAGUUUCCCCCGUUUUCCCACCAUCACGAAUGUAUAUUGUACUCCGCACAAACUGUGACAGCUCACAGCCUGUCACUCGCCAGAUCCCGAGCUCCGGUCGUAACGCGGUCGUAACGCGGCCGUAACGCGGCCGUAACGACCUGUUACCGCGUGGACGCGCUGGUGGGAGCGGAACAGAAGCGCGAUUUUUUUUAUGCCUGGUGCAGCAGUGAGUCAUCGUGAAAGUGUGGGAUCGCUGUAGAGCGGAACGAUCCGAGAUACAGCGUCAUGGAAGUCCUGGAUCCGAGCGUCUCCAGGGACGAUCAGCCACUAUGCGUCAAUGAUUCUUUGGAGCGAGUUAACAAGUUGCAGAUUCCUGCAGAUACUAAAUCAUGUGUAAAAGCGCGUCAUACCCUUGGUUUCCUUGGUUUUCUUGGCUUUGCCCUUGUGUAUGCUAUGAGGGUCAAUUUAUCCGUAGCUAUUGUCUCCAUGGUUAAUCAGACGGCGAUACCGCAUAUCGAAGAGAAUGACACUAGUGACGUUUGUCCUAACACCAAGCCAAUAAACGGGACUUUCAUACCGAGCGCGGGAGAAUUCGCUUGGAGUGAAAAGACUCAAGGUAUUAUAUUAGGUGCGUUCUUUCUUGGCUAUGUGACUACAAAUGUCCCAGGUGGUAGGAUGGCUGAAAAAAUGGGCGGCAAGUUAAUUUAUGGUCUGGGAGUGUUUCUGACCGCCGUUCUGACCGUGAUAAGCCCUUUCGCCGCGUAUUGGGGUUUGGUACCGUUUCUCGUUGUACGAGUCGCGGAAGGAUUUACCGAGGGGGUAACGUUUCCCGCGAUGCACAGUAUGCUGGCACACUGGGUGCCUCCGUUAGAAAGAAGCAAAUUUGCUGCUAUAGUAUACGCAGGCGCGAAUUUCGGCACUGUCGUCUCGUUACCGGUGAGUGGCUGGCUAUGUUCCUUAGAAUUGUGGGGCGGCUGGCCCCUUGCAUUUUAUCUGUUUGGCGGUCUUGGUCUCGUGUGGUACGUGUUCUGGUUGAUAUUCAUCUACGAUACUCCUUCGCAACAUGCAAGAAUCGAUCCUUCCGAGAAGGCGUAUAUCGAAGCUAGCGUCGAGAAAAAGGAUGAGAAUGAUGACCCGGGCGUACCUUGGAUGUCCGUCUUCACCUCUCUACCUAUAUGGGCCAUCGCUAUUACGCAGUGCGGUCAGUCUUGGGCCUUCUACACUCUCCUGACCGAGCUGCCGACGUAUAUGGAUAAAAUUUUGCAUCUCAAUGUACAACAAAAUGCGUUCCUUUCGGCGUUACCUUACCUAAGCGCUUGGCUAGUGGGUCUUUGUAUCUCGAGCUUCGCAGACGCGCUCCUCGCUCGUCGUUUGAUCUCACCUCUGGCUUCUUUUAAACUAUGGAACACUGUAGCCUCUUUAGGGCCCAGUCUCAGUUUUGUCGGUGCUAUCUGGGCUGGAUGCGAUCGUAUGACGGUGAUGCUGAUGCUUGCCGGAUUCGGUUCUCUUCAGGGCGCCGUAUAUGCCGGAAAUCAGAUGAAUCACAUCGCAUUGGCACCACGUUACGCGGGCACUUUAUACGGAUUGACGAAUGCUGCGGCGAACGCUUGUGGUUUCUUGGCACCGUAUGUUAUUGGCAGUAUAGUGGAGGGACACGAAACUCUCGCACGAUGGCACAUAGUUUUCUGGAUGGCAGCGGGAAUAAAUAUGGCUACUAAUUGCUUCUACUUGAUGUUUGCGUCCGCCACUGAACAACCAUGGAGCAAAGGCGGUAGUUGAUGACAAUGUCGCAUUAGAAAUGCGAUAUUAAACGUGGAAAAUAAUAUACUUUUCAAUCAUGUUGCACAUAGCACAUUUUAAUUUGGCUAGCUAG